UGUGUGCAGUGUAUGCUCCCAUUUGUAUGGCAUUCUGGGAAAGACAAAGCUAUCGAGAAGACAAAAUUCAAGAACAGGAAUUCGCAUUUGUGCAUGAUUUCUGGGAGGGUCCCAGGCCACCAUUAGUCCCUCCCCAGACCUCAUUAUACCGUACUCCCUUUGCCUGGCGACCGCCACGCCCUGCAUGCCCAGUCCCAGCUUCUUCCUGAGCUCAGUGUAGAUUUGCAUCGUUCCUUGGCCAGGGCUGGCCAGGGUUUCGCAGACAUUUUCUCUGCUGAAGUCCUGUCUCCAGUACACACGCACCUCGGCGCCUAGCAUAAGGGAUGAAAGGGCUGACAGAGUAUUGAGGCUGUCUGGCCGGUGGCGCGCUACCUUCUUUCAAGAAUUCUUAGAUCCAUCCGCUGCCACUGUCGCUGUGCUCUAGCAGGUUCGAUAAGGAGGUGACUGGGGAAAUCAAGGCAGGCUCUGCUCUGCACCACGCUAAGGCCCCACUGCAAGGGAGGGAAGGCCAACCUGACUCCCUCGAUCGCCUCUCUCUUUCGUUUUCUGAAGCUGCAGCACCGGGCAGGACCGACGCAGCAGGACCCCUCCAGGGGUUCCCAGGCGAGGAGGGGGACACCAAGGAGUGACCGAUAUAAGCUCCUGGACCACGGUCCCUACUCGAUGGGGCUCGAGUGCGGUCCGCCGACCACCUAUUUCGUAAACAACGUUUAAAAACUGUACCAAAGUCCAUUCUCAAGACUUACUCCUCCAAGAUGGAGAAAUAUGAAAAGAUUGGGAAGAUUGGAGAAGGCUCCUACGGGGUGGUGUUCAAGUGCAGAAACAGGGACACGGGUCAGAUCGUGGCCAUCAAGAGAUUUCUGGAAACUGAAGAUGACCCUGUCAUAAAGAAAAUCGCCCUGCGAGAAAUCCGCAUGCUCAAGCAACUCAAGCAUCCUAACCUUGUCAACCUCCUGGAGGUCUUCCGGAAGAAGCGGAGGCUUCACCUGGUGUUCGAGUAUUGCGACCACACAGUGCUUCACGAGCUGGACAGAUACCAGCGAGGGGUACCAGAGCAUCUCAUGAAGAACAUAACUUGGCAGACACUGCAGGCUGUAAAUUUCUGUCAUAAGCACAACUGCAUACACAGAGACGUGAAGCCGGAAAACAUUCUCAUCACGAAACACUCAGUCAUUAAGCUCUGUGAUUUUGGGUUUGCACGGCUUCUCACUGGACCAGGUGACUACUACACAGACUACGUGGCCACCAGGUGGUACCGCUCGCCUGAGCUGCUGGUGGGGGACACACAGUAUGGCCCCCCAGUCGAUGUCUGGGCGAUUGGCUGCGUCUUUGCUGAGCUGCUGUCCGGUGUGCCUCUGUGGCCGGGAAAAUCUGAUGUGGAUCAGCUCUACCUGAUAAGGAAAACCCUGGGGGAUCUCAUUCCCAGGCACCAGCAAGUAUUUAGCAUGAAUCAGUACUUCAGUGGGGUGAAAAUUCCAGACCCUGAAGACAUGGAAACCCUUGAAUUGAAAUUUCCAAACAUCUCCUACCCUGCCCUGAGCUUCUUAAAGGGCUGCCUCCACAUGGACCCUGCUGAGAGGCUGACAUGCGAACAGCUGUUGCAGCAUCCGUAUUUUGACAGCAUUCGAGAUGCUGGGGAUCUGACAAGGCAGGACGACAAGUCCAUGAGGAAGACCCUGAGACAGAGUCGAAAGCACCUGGCUGGGUUGCAGUACCUACCUCAGCUGACUAGCAGCAGUAUCCUCCCGGCCUUGGACAAUAAGAAGUACCACUGUAAUACCAAGAAGUUUAACUACCAUUUCCCAAAUAUUUAAGCAGCUGGCAGAGUGAAGAAGUGAUCAAUAAUUUGAAGGGGAAAAAAGUAUAUAUUUGAUUCCUGUAUUGACUACAUAUCAGGAGAAAACACAGACAGAAAGCUGGAGGCCACCUGGCAAGUUGUGAAGAGAAAUUCCAGAGCCAGACUUCCAUGCUUGGUGGGGAUGUCCAGAGAAGAAAGCAAAAGCUUGCAGUUUCACUGUGUUUGUAUAUCUAAGCAGUGGGGCUGAAAGACAGAACAGAAACUCUAUCUACUGCCCUUAAAGACAAUAUAAGUCGUAUCUACUGCCUGUAGCUGCAACAGCUUGCUUUCUGGCACAUGUGAAAAGGGGUUAUAAAAUGUCCAUAUGUAUUUCUCUAGAUCCUAGUCUAUCCUAUCUCUAAUGUUGGUUUCAAAACAUAUUUAAGUAUGAUUUUGGUCCCUGAAAUCAAAAUGUACGUGAUUCUAUUUCCUGUAUGCUCUUUCCUGAUUUUUGUGUUUUAAGACAUGUUUUAGAAUAUCUAAGUUGAUCAAAAUAUCUAAUGUCUUAAAACUUUGUAGGUUUUGUGCGUAUAUAACCAUGAGAUACUUAGACUUCUCUUACAUAUACUUUUAUCUUUAUCCUGAGAAAGAAUGCGUCCAAAAGGGAUAGAACAAGACCUACAGGCCUCACAGAAUGAGCCCAUCAGCCUGAAAAUAAUCAUCACUUUAUUCUUCAGCUCACCCUCAUUCCUGAAGACUGUUCUAUAAGCAAAACUACUAUAAUGCUCUGGAUUUAGACAAAAUUGCUUGUCAACUUUAAUUUGAAUCAGGAAACAUGUAGGUUAAUUGAAAUUCUCUCCUUGAAAUAUCUCUUAUUAUAUACAUCAUGUAUAUGUACAUGUCUGUAAACACACCUUCCUACAAUUGUACACAUAUCUAUGUGUACAUACCAUGCUAAUGAAAAAGGCACAACAAACAAGGAAGCGGUCAACAGUGAGACUUAAAUGUACCUUUGAUCUGGUUUAUUAUUCCUAACAGCAAAGCUUUUCCUCUCUGCCCCUGGACACGGGCAAUGUAAGCCCCAUAUCAGCAUCCACUAUCAUUUCCGGUUCAUGUGCUGCUAGUUCACAGUUCUCAGACACGGGCUUCGAAGCUCUACUGCAUCCCCAGAACAUCUCUUCUACGCUCUCAUGACACCACUCAGCCCCAGUCACUGAUCGCCAUGCAGUUCACUAAAUUCUGUCCUCUGUUCAGUAAUCUUGGCUACUCCCAGGCAAAUUACGGCUUCCUAAAUAUAUAUAGCUUCUCCCACAGACCUGACAGGGGCUGAAUAACAGCUCCAAUAGUAUUCAAUUCCUCUUAAUAGCCAUGACUUAAAUGACAAGGAAGGAUACCAACUUCUGUGAGUAGUUUAAAUUGCCUUUUUCCCCCGCUUAAAUCAAUAAAAAUGUAUUUGAAAAAAACAAAUGACUGUAACUGCCUAGUUUAUUCAGUAGUUUUAUAGAAAACUGCAGACUAGCAAAGUUUCUCCAGAUGGAGUCAUGACGAACUGGUGGUUGGGCCACGCAGUACUGAAACAAACCUGAGAUAAAAGGGUUUGACUGUCUUCAGUGUAAUCUGUUACAUUUAUGCUCAUGCUCAAUGGGGCGAUUUCUGCAAACCUCAUCUUCCACAUGGAAUCACCACAUACCACAUGAGCCCAUUCUACAUGUGUUCUACCUUCUCUUUGUUCCUAUUUACUGACUUGUAAAUGACAGGAAUAUAUGUCAUUCACAUUUUUCCACAAAUGAGGGUGCUUUUCUAGAAGCAUAGUUCUAAAAACAGCUAACGCUCCCCUUUCUGCCUGAAACCUGCACUGCAGGUCAUUCCCAGUCAGAUUUACAGUCAGCAACCUGAUAACCAACCAUACAUACAGAAACCUACACACGAAACAGCAUGUAACUAUGACGAUGGAAAUACAGCCAUUUCAAGUAAAACAUUAAAGACUAAUUUUAAUCCCCUUAUGACAUUCUUUAUUAGUGUUUUCUAGAUAUAAAAUUCAUUUUCAUGUCCCUUGAUUUCAAAGGAGGCAACAUUCAAAAUAUUUGAGGGAUAGCAAAAUUUAGUUUUUAAUCAACACACUAACAUUUUGUUUGAAGCAGAAGGACAGUAGGGAUUUUUUUGGUUCUUGUUUUGUUUUACCAGCAAAACUAGUUGGGAUACAGACAAGAACCUGUGUUCAGUUUUAACCAGCACUGGCCCAAGCUUAAAAGUAGGACGAAUUAACCAGCAUGUUUCAUUCUGACAAAGGGUAUUUUAAAAGUAUAUGCAAUGCAAUGCAGGAGCUUAGGAAGCAAUACAGUGUGCUAUGUCACCCCGGACAGCUGUGCACGACUGCCUCCAUCACUGCAUAUGAAACCGAGCUUUCAGUUUUUCAUAACCAGGUAUUUCCAGCAACACGCUUCAGUGCCUUUAAAGAUGUCAAGUAUUAUAAUGUAAAAAAGAAUAAUUGCAUUGUAUCUUAAAGAACUCUAUGUCAGUAUCUACAACAAGCAAUAUCUACAGUGUAUUUGUCAAUGAGGAAUACAUUAGAAUUAAAAUGUUACGUUGUAAUUUUUUUUCUGAGACAAGGUUUCUCUGUAGCUUUGGAUCUGCCAGCCUCUGCCUCCUGAGGGCUGGGAUUAGAGGCAUAUGCC